AACAGUGGCGCCCGCGUCUCUUUGCCCGUUCUAAGGAUAAAAGAUAUUUAAAUUUAGAAUCCCUCCCUCUGCCCUUGCAAUUCUUUUUUUACUUUUUACGGCGUGGCUUGCGAAUCUCUCCCACCAGUACCGCGCGAAUAAUAGUGUUAUUAAAUGUAAAGUUUAUACUGUUUAAAUAAUUAAUAUGCACAGACAAAGUACGAGUACACAUUAUACAGUAAACGACGAUGUUUACGGUAAAAUAUUGAAAUUUCCUCCGAAAGAACAAGAUACAAGCACACAUUAUUCCGUGAAUGACGAUGUUUAUGGGAAAAUAUUGAAGACGAAUCCUAUACCGAAGCCACCUAGAGCUUUUAAGGGCAGUGAAAAUCUAUAUGAAUCAAUUGAGGUUAAAGAAAAGACUGCAAAUGUGAAACCGCAGAGAGUAUUUUCUGAUUACGAAGAUAUUUAUGAAUCUUGUGAAAAUAACGUGAAUGAUUCACAAUUGAAGCCGGCUAAAGUGUUUGCAGAUUAUGCAGAUAUCUAUGAGACUGUCGGAGAUGCGUUGCUCGCCGACCUUCAGAACUCGAUCAACCCAGGGGGCCGCGUGGGCAGCCCAGGGGGUAGGACUGCGUCCCCUGGCGGCCGCAGUUCCCCUGGACGGACGGCGUCCCCUGGCCGCAUCUCCCCUGGCCGCCUAAGCUCACCCGGCGGUAGCCUCAGCUCCCCCACGUCUACAGGAUACGGCUCGAUAAAUGGAUCGAAGAAUAUCAGCUCGGAUUAUCACAAACCAGCUUCUCCUACCUAUCAAAACACAAGCGCCGUCCACGAGAAAGUGAUUCCAGUGAAGUACUCCAACAGUCAAUAUGGCAGCCAGUCCCCGGGAUACGGACAGACCGGGUACGUCGGACAGCCGUACCAGACAGGAUACGGUCGGACGCAGCGCGGAAACCUAUCCGAGCUGGACACCCUACUCGACGACCUCAGCAACGCUAGAUACGGCAGUUAUGACAAAAACUACGCUGAAAGAAAUGCUGGAGAUGGCUACGCCAGAACAAAUGGCGCCACUAGUCCAGCGUCAUCACGGCCAACAGUGGACUCGCUUCUUGAUCAGCUCAGCACAGACGUACCUAAUGGUCGAGCAUCAACAUCCCCCGUGCCUCCCUCCGGCUCCCUGCCGCGGCCCGGCACGAAGCAGGUGACGGUCACGGUGCAGGAGACGGUAGUGGAGCCGGCGCAGGCGCAGCAGCAGCCGCCCAUGACGGUGGCCCCGCUCCGCCAACACUACCACGCCUCUAACGCCACUAAGGAGCUGGACGAUCUUAUGGCUUCUCUGUCUGACUUUAAAGUGAGCGGCGCAGGAGGCGAGGGCGGAACUCACGUGUAUCGGGAGAAACGCGCGUGGCAGGAACACUACCGCAGCAGCCCGCGGCAACCCGAGUCCGCUUCUCUCGAGCACAUGCUCGGCUCCCUCCGGGCAGACAUGAGCCGCCAAGGAGUUCAAACCCCUCAAAAGGGGUGCUGCAACGCCUGUGAAAAGCCCAUAGUCGGACAGGUCAUCACCGCCCUGGGCAGGACGUGGCAUCCCGAGCACUUCACCUGCGCUCACUGCAACCAGGAACUGGGCACGAGGAACUUCUUCGAGAGGGAAGGCAGGCCCUACUGCGAACCCGACUACCACAACCUGUUCUCGCCGAGAUGCGCAUACUGCAACGGACCAAUCCUCGAUAAAUGCGUGACGGCGCUAGAGAAGACGUGGCACACAGAGCAUUUCUUCUGUGCUCAAUGCGGACAACAGUUUGGGGAAGAUGGCUUCCACGAAAGAGAUGGGAAACCAUACUGCCGUGCUGACUAUUUCGACAUGUUCGCACCCAAGUGCGGCGGAUGCAACAAACCCAUCAUGGAGAAUUAUAUCUCGGCGCUAAACACGCAAUGGCACCCGGAUUGCUUCGUUUGCAAGGAGUGCCGAGAGCCUUUCCACGGCGGUUCAUUCUUCGAGCACGAGGGGCAACCAUACUGUGAAACUCACUACCACGGAAAGAGAGGUUCCCUCUGCGCCGGCUGCCACAAGCCCAUCGCCGGCCGCUGCAUCACCGCCAUGUUCAGGAAGUUCCACCCAGAACACUUCGUUUGCGCCUUUUGUCUCAGGCAACUCAAUAAAGGCACCUUUAAAGAACAGAACGACAAACCUUAUUGUCACACCUGCUUUGACAAGCUGUUUGGGUAAUUACGAGAGGACGGUAAUAGAUGGCGCUGAUAUUUCAAUUAUUUUAUCGAUAAAUGUUAUCAGAUGUAGUAGACCUUCGGCCAUGAUCGUGGCGAAUCGAUUUAUAGUCGACAUCAUAUCAACUUACCAUAAUUCAUUGCAAAUUUGCUGUUAAUUCCGCGAUAUAAAGAUCCCAGGUAUUGUAACCAUCUACGUUUUAAUUGUGAGCUUUAUGUCAACGCAAGGAUAAACCAGCAAUACUUACUUCGAUUCAUCACGAUCAUGGCCGAUGGUGAUGAUAGCCGAAACAUCUGGCAUUUAACUGCCUCCCUGACUGAUAUUCGAACGAAGAAUGGAAGAAUAGAGGCCAAAUGUAAUAUUUUAACAUAGUGAGAUGCAUAUAAAACAUAUUUAACGUUGACUUAGAUAGAUCUGAUCUUAUGUAGCGAUACUGAUGACUUUUCUUUACAUGGCGUGAAGAUAUUAUAUAGUCAUAUUUGAUUUUCGUUUACACAACAUCGCCACAGGAUAAAUUGGUGGAUGUGUCCACUUUGUGAGGUCAGUUACACUUAAAAUUCUAAAACCAGCUUGUCUUGGGAGGCAGUUCAGUUGAACGAAGGAUUUUUCUAUGAAACUUUAAACACCAUCGCUCGAUGCGCACAAUAUAGUAUUUAAUUGGUCCGAGAAAAUCAAGUUGUACAAAUCUUAAGUGAGCAACGAAUACAAAGUAGCUUUAGUUUGUCAUAAAUGCAUUGGUUUUACUGUGUUAUAAAAGAUAUCGUAAAGCCGACAAUAAACUGUCGACAGCUGAACAGAACUUGGCGGUUUCGACGUUCAAUAUUGAUUGUUUCUUACGGUAUUAUGAAGCUAACAUACAAACUAUGCAUUUUACGUUCAUUCGCGUCGGCAUCUGUCCGAGUUCGGGCGAUAAUAUGUAGGACCCAUUAAAUCUCGAAAGUUUUCAAUACGAAUAUAAUAACAUAAAAUUCUGCGUUGACGAAAGACCAUAGCCCUAAUAUCAGCCCUUUUUUCAGUAAAAUAAACGGUUAAAAAGAAUAAAUAUCAGUUUUACUCUAACUGAACUUGAAAACGCUAAAGUUAACGUUCUUGUCAUAAAAACUUAAAUCACUAUUAAAUCCCAAUACGACUUGGCAGGGGAUGGUCUUUUGACAAUUUUAUUAUUUUUAUGGUGAUUUAGUUUUUAUGACAUUACAUAAUGCGAAAUGAGAUUUGACAAGCGACUAACAAGUUGUUGCGAAAGAUACUCAAGGACAAUACAGUCGGUCCUCUACAGACUUUUAAAUCAAUAAUUUCCAUUGUCUUAUCAUAUGUGUAGAGCCAAUAAUAUAUUCCAUAGUAUUUAUACUGACUAUUUGCACAAGUAUAUUUCUGAUAUUAUUUAUGUAUUGACACAGUAACUAUCGUACUUUACAAGAAACGUGCCUAAACGUUCAAGAUAGAUAAAUUGAUAAAACUUUUGUAGAUAACAUGAAAUUCAACAGAAAAUAAUCUAUUUCAUAAUCCCUUGAAAGUAAGAUAAAAACCUGAGUUAAGAAUAAAAUUGAUUGUCUCAAAAUUAAUACUUGAAGAAUCGAUUAGUUAGGCACUAAUUAAUUAAAAUCGAUUAGACCGAUUAGAUUAGCCAUUUGACUGUCUUAACUAGUGCAUGUGAUGACUAAAAAAUUUGGUCCUGCCCACACAGAUAAGAGUUUUGUUGGUCCUAAGAUGGGUUUGACUGGCCUUGCGACUAAUAAUUUAAAAAUGAAAUUUUCUUGUCAAUAUCAACAGCAGCGACUGCUAUCUUCGAGUCUUAAUUUUUUGCUUCUUUGUUAACAUUAAAUACUCGUAUUUAUUGACAAAAAGUCAAGACAGUUAAAUCCUGAAUAUUUAUUUCAAGUAAAGUUUCAUUUUCUGAAUAUCUCCUUUCUGUGUGUUUUGGACCUCAUUGUUUGUACUAAAUUGUUGUAUAUUAGAUAGGAGAUUAUUCUCUUUAAACACGUGAUGUGCAAUUAGAUUAAGUGUCUCAGACAAAACAUUAGUUAUAAGUUACUAAUUACGAAAUAUAUUUCUCAAAUAAAAAUAACAGCUUACAGAUUGUUAUUAAAUAGGAAUUCCUAAUUACAAGAUUUUGUUGUAAAAAUAAUUAGUUUAUGAAUUUUUCAUCCCACUUGAUGAAUAAUUAAUAAACUAUCUCAUAGCAUAAAACUUAAUAAGUUUUCUUUUCCGUUUCAAACAGUAUCGAUUUCGAUUGGUUUCGAAAUGGAGUCAAAUAUCACAAUAGAAGUGGCGAUUUAAAAGAUUGUUAAAAAUCAUUAAUAAAUAAUAUCUUUUGUCAAUUAAUUUUAAAGGCUUAUUACAUUGAAUUACAUCAUAUAAAACAAAACGGCCGAUCAAUAUACGGCCUCAACUUAAUGUGUACGUGCAUUUUAAAUAUUGAGUGGAAUCGAUAUAGUUAAGUUCUAGAAACUUCCAUUAGUGUACGCUAUAUGUUAUGGAAUACUGUGCAUUGUUAAUUUUUAUUACUCAUUAACGUGUUUACGUUAUCGCUUACUCGUUAGGUGCAAGUGCCAAAUCUGUUAUCAGCAAUACUUUAUAGAGCUGCACUUUUAUCGCUAUGCAAUGUAUUUAUAGUUUUUCUAAAUACAAAAGCAAAAAAAUGAUAAGCCAGGUACUACUAUUAUGACAUCAUGAAAAUUCCAUUUAUGAAAAUAUUCAACGAUCGGAUCGUUUUGAAUUUAGAGUACAAUAAUAUAUACAGUCUGAAAUUACAAUUAAAACAAAUGAACUUAUGUACUUUUGUCAAUAGUAUUACAGCAUGUGACAUGUGACCGACAAAUAUUGAUUUGGUUGGUUGAUAACAACGCCCCGUAUGGUGGAACUGAACUGGAACAGUUGCUGUAAUAGUUAUCCGUUUAUGUAUUAAUCUAAGAGACAUGAUUUUUAUUGAAUCGGUAAUAUUUUAACAAAUAUAUUAAUGUUUUUUUUU